AUGGAUAUUUUAUUGAAACCCUUAUAUAAUGUGAAAAUUAGAAAAAAUGUAUGCAUAAAAUAUUUAAGAUUUUUAUAUUAUUUAAAGAAAAUAAAAUUUACAAAAGAAUGGAAUAGAUACUAUACUUGUGUGUUUGAAAUACCUGAUGGGUAUAUGAGCUUAAAAGAAUUAGUUUAUAAAAAAUUCGGUACCUCUUUAAAUAUAAAUCAUAAUAAUAAUUAUAAUAAUUAUAAUAAUGAGAAAGUGUUUUAUAAUUUUAUAAAUUAUGUAUUGAGAAAACCUUUAAAAAUUGCCUCUUUCGAUUUUGAUGGUACCUUAAUAAAUAAAAAUUUUUCUAAUAACCAUAUUAAUAAUAUAAUAUUUAAUAAAGAAAAGAUACCUAUAUUAGAUUCUUUAAAAAAAGAUAAACAUGAAAUUGUCGUUUUUUCUAAUCAUACUUGUGUUUCUUCAUGUGUCCAAGAUUAUGAGCAUUUGUGUUCUCAUAAGUUGCCCAACUUUUUUUUAAAAAUUAAAAACUUUAAAAAUUCUCUCAAUUAUUUUUACAAACAUUUUAUUAUAACUACACAGAAAGGAAAAAAUAUAAACAUAAACAUAAACAUAAACAAAAAUAUAAAUAUAAACAAAAAUAUAAAUAUAAACAAAAAUAUAAAUAUAAACAAAAAUAUAAAUAUAAACAAAAAUAUAAACAUAAACAAAAAUAUAAAUAUAAACAAAAAUAUAAACAAUAAUUAUGAUAAUCAAAUAAUCUAUCACAGUGUAGAAGAUAUAAUAUCUAAGAACAAUCAAAAUAGUAGGUACGACAAAAUUAUCGAAAAAAAGAUAUCUUUCAAUAUAGAAUUAUAUUAUUGUUUCUUAAAAUUAUUAAAUAAGAAAUUAGAAAGUCCUUAUAAUAAAACAUAUUUGUUUAAUAAAUAUAAUAUCGAUAUUGUGUCAUCCACAAAUUUUUUAAUAACCACCAAGAGGAAUAAUCUAUUUUAUAACAAUCAUAAGAGAAUAAUUUUGGAAUUAAAAAACAAGAAUAUGUAUAAACCAUUUUUUUUAUAUUAUAAUAAAAAUAAUAAGAAAUAUAUCCAUUACAAUUAUUUGAAGAAAUAUUAUAUUUUAAAAAAUUUAAUUUUUAAGAAAAAAAAAAAAUUUUAUUCAUGUAGAAAAAAAAAGAAUUCAUAUAUUUUAAAUUAUAUAAAUUAUUUUUUCUCAUUUGGAAGAUGUGGAAUAGAAGAUAUAGACAUAUUUAGUAAACCAAGCGAGGGUCAAUUUUGUUUGUAUAUUUGUUUAGAAGCUAUAAAAUAUUUAAUUAUUUUAAAUUGUUAUUUUAAUAAAUAUUUGCAAUUGUUGAAAAAAAAGAAAAGACUCAUUAUGAACAAUAAGAACUUAUAUAAACUUUUAUCUUUGAAUAAAGAUAUUUUUUCCUUACAACAAGUUAAAGAAUUAAUAGAUAUAGUAAUAUAUAAAAAUAUAUAUAUAAAAAAUAAACAAGAAAUAAAUAUACAUAAUAUAAAUGAACAUCCUUUUGAUAUUAAUAAAUUAUGUUUACAAAUUUUUGAUAUCUAUAUCAAUUCAUUAUUACACAAAAAAAAAGAAAAAGAAAAUAUAAGAUUUGUAAAUUCUUUAAAAUUAGAGGAAUCAAAAUUAUUUUUAUUUUUUAUUAAUUUCUUUUUAAAUGAUCAAAAUGAAAAGGAUUGGAAAAAUUAUGGUUCCAACCAAAAAAUGGAAAACUUAAUAAAGAAAGAUGAAGAACAACAUAUAUUUUUAAAAUUAUUAAAUACUACAGACCAUUUUGUUAUGUAUAUCAUAAUAAAUUUAAUGUAUAAAAAUAAAAUAAUAAAAAAUGUCUCUAAAAAAAUUUCAGAUAUAUUUAUUAAUACUGAAGAAAGUUUCUAUGUGGGUGAUAAUAUUGGUCGACCCUUUGACAAGUCUGACAUUGAUAGAAAG